AUGGGUGAAUUGGCGGGAGAUGUUCGACAUCCGAAGCAAAAAGAACCUUAUUAUUUCGUCCUGGCUCAUCAAGGCAACCCAGCAGCGGAGAGCAUUCUGAUUCGACCAUUUCUGCACGAUUUUAGACAGCAAGAAUCAGCUUCGUGGGCAAGACAACGCCUUUACGAGUGCGAAAUUAACCAUCCGGAUUGCGUAUUGCCAACCUCUCCGUUUCUUCCCAGAAGGUUGUUGGAAAUCAAUACAUUCAGUGAAGAGAGCGGAAUGUGCGUCCGCGUUCAUUUGAAAACUUCCUCCGAACCCGAUGCCGCCAGAACAAAAUACGCGACUCUAUCCUACUGUUGGGGAGGUCCACAAGAGUUCCAGUUGAAAGAUGGCACAGAAGACACGUUAAAGAGUGGGGUAUCAGCUUCAAUUCUUCCCAAAACCAUCCGUGACGCUAUCCAAGUGACCUCGAAUCUUGGGAUUCGUUGGAUUUGGAUCGACAGUCUUUGUAUUCACCAAGACAACUCAGAGGAUAAAGCGACCGAAGUUGCGCAAAUGCACAAAAUAUAUGCAGGUUCUUUCAUUACACUCUCAGCUAGUAGGGCUAGCAGUUGCAAUCAAGGGUUUCUUCAUCAAUGCUCUCUGCCUGCUCCAGGGACAAUCGGGUACAGAUUACCCUUUGCUUCGCCAUCUGGAAGACUAGGAUCCGUAAUACUCUCUAGCAAUCAGAUGAAAUCGCCGAUUGAUGAACGCGGCUGGACUUUCCAAGAGCAUCUGCUUGCCCGUCGAGUUCUUCGAUUUACCGAUUUCGAACUCCACUGGUCUUGUGGGAGUAUUUCGAUGCAUGAGAAUGAUACAAUUCAAUGCUUACCAUCAUCACUCAUUCGCCUCCUAGACAAGAUGUACAAGAUGUAUAAGGGUAUUCGUACCGAGAACCGAAGCUGCAGGAAUUGGAUGGACAUUGUUGAGCAUUAUACUUAUCGCGAGUUAUCGGACGAGUGGGAUAGACUUCCAGCAAUAUCUGGAAUAGCCCAGGCUUGGGCUCAAACAUCAAAUGAUCGCUAUCUUGCAGGCCUCUGGGAAUCACAUCUUCCUUUAGGGCUACUGUGGUCCCAUGAACAGCCAUUUCGGCAAGACGAAUUCCAAGCAUAUCGUGCACCUUCAUGGUCAUGGGCUUCUACCGUUGGAUUUGUCAAGUGGCAUACUUUUAUGCACACCGAAAUUGAUCCUAGACUCGAACUCAUAUCAUGCAUAACACAACCUGCUCAUCCCCAGGCACCGUACGGCACUGUGCGAUCCGGAUCAUUAAUUGUGUGUGGUCUCGUACAACAGACCGUAUCCGAUAAUAAUCCAGAGUUUCCGGCAUUAAAAAAUGAAGAUAACGAAUAUCUUGAUCUUGAUCUGGCACACGUUGACCUUGAUUUCUGGGACGAGACACUUGCUUCCAAGAUCGAUGACAGCAGGAUAUUCAGUCUUCAGAUAUGUUGCUUCGACGAAACUACUGGCAAGGGGCCAUCAGGACUUAUCCUUACUACGAAAGACGGAAAGGAGUUUCUAGGAUUGGAAUGUUUUUCUUUGAGCCACCGCGAAGAGACGAUUUGGAGGAGCUUGAUGAUUUCGAGGCACUGCUUGAUCUAG